CUCUCUUUGCCGCAUCUACUGCGAGGUGAGGAUGAUUCUGGCCAUGAUGGGCUCCGGGAAUCCGAAACCAUCGGCUCGGGAAAAGUUGGGGGCGCAAGUCUGAAUGAAGACCAUUCUCAGCAACCAGACUCUCGACAUUCCAGAAAAUGUCGACAUCAGUCUGAAGGGACGCACAGUUAUUGUGAAGGGCCCCAGAGGAACCUUGCGGAGGGACUUCAAUCACAUCAAUGUAGAACUCAGUCUCCUUGGAAAGAAAAAGAAGAGGCUUCGUGUUGACAAAUGGUGGGGAAAUAGAAAGGAACUGGCUACAGUUCGCACUAUCUGUAGUCAUGUACAGAACAUGAUCAAGGGUGUUACACUGGGCUUCCGUUACAAGAUGAGGUCUGUGUAUGCUCACUUCCCCAUCAACGUUGUUAUUCAGGAGAGUGGGUCACUUGUUGAAAUCCGAAACUUCUUGGGUGAAAAAUAUAUCCGUAGGGUUCGGAUGAGGCCAGGUGUUGCUUGUUCCGUAUCUCAAGCCCAGAAAGAUGAGUUAAUUCUUGAAGGAAAUGACAUUGAACUUGUAUCAAAUUCAGCUGCUUUAAUUCAGCAAGCAACGACAGUUAAAAACAAGGAUAUCCGAAAAUUUUUGGACGGUAUCUAUGUCUCUGAAAAAGGAACUGUUCAACAGGCUGAUGAGUAAGAUUUAAGAGUUGUCCAGCUACGGAAGCAAGGCCGGAUGAUUCCUAAGAUUUAUGGGUGGUAUUUUUAAGAUGCAAUAAAAUUCAUUUAUUCA